AUGUUGUUCUUUGCUCGGGUUUGCAUAUGGUGGGAAAAUUUGAAUGAUUUUGGUGGUGGAGAGGGAGAAUUAGCAGCAUCAGCGGCAAUUGACAAGGACGACGAUGAGUCUAUUGAUGAUAGAGAGUUGUUGUCGGGCUCAAGAGAAGCUGGGUUGAAGAUUGAUUUGGCCGUAGUUGAAGAGUUAUCAGAUGGACCUAACGAUGAUGGCUGGAACCCAAUGAGCCUGAGGAUUGUGUCACCGGGGAGGAUGGCGGUGAGAAAGUCUUCCGAGAUACACAACAAUUUCAACAGCAAAGGGUCAAUAGGAAUUUGGAAGUUGAGCUCUGGUGAGAAGGGUGAGACCAGUUUCGACAAUGUGUCGUUGGCGACCCUCAGCAAGCCCAUUAUGUUUAGGCAUGUUAGGAGGACUGGAGGAGAGGUGAGAUGA